CGUAGCCGGGCUGGACCAUGAUUACAGUGUCUGAGUCGCCUCACCUGUCAAUGAUUCGAUCAGCUAGACUGAGCUACCUGACCAUGAACAAUUCACCUUCUCACCGCAAUACCAUUGAGAGUCUCACUGUAUCCUGCUGAAUGUGAACCGCGACGCGCGCGCCACGCGUGUUUUCCCUAUCUGUUAUCCGAAUCCAUCAUCAUGAACCGACUCGACAUUCUGGGCCUGUCCAGUCAGGAUCCCAAUCGAGUCAUCUCCUUCCCCGCCUCGCAGUCCCUUCACGCGUCCACCGCGGUGGCUGCCUUAGGCAACAAGGCCGUAUCAACGGGGCUCCCCGAACUGGACGAAGCCGUCACUCCCCCGGUGGACGACGAGCUCAAGGGCCUGGAGGAAUUGCAGAGCAAAGGCCUGCCAUGCGGCCAUGUGGCUGAGGUGUUUGGACCGCCAGGCGCAGGCAAGACCUCCAUUGCGUGCGUUGUCACCUCCAUUGUUGCCAUCACCAUCAAGCAAUAACCAACACACCAAAUAAUAGCCUCAACACAGCAGCAACAGCCCUCGCCAAGGGCGAGCAAGUAGUCUGGAUAGACACAG